AUGCGAAGGGAAUUUAUACUUAUUUUGUUAGGUAUAAUUAGUGUUUCAACCCUGUCGUCCUUAUUGACAACUUAUGUUCAAGUAGAAGCGGAUAAAUUACUUUUAGACACCGUGGUAGGUGUUGUGGGUGCUGGUAACUUUUCAUAUUGGCAAUUAGGGCAUUCUGGACCCCUUCUAGUUGAAUUAACGUCUCUUUCCGGUGAUGCAGACCUUUAUGUGUCUGAUUCACUCAGACCUAGUUACGAGGUUGACAAAAACAACUUCAGCUCAGCGACUUGUGGAGCCGACACUGUCAGUAUACCCGCUGAAUUCCCAAGACCCAUAGGUAUCGGUGUGUUUGGCGACUGGUCAAAUAAAGUUUCGGAGUACAGCAUUCAGGUGUUCCUCGAUACAUCGACUCUGGUGAAGGAAGACUCCGUUGUAGAACAUGCAAAGAUCAACACUGAAAAAACCGGUGGGGGUUAG